AUGUCAACUAGGGAUGUUGCUAUGAAAACGCUAGUUGUGAAGCAAGGGGCUAGCAGGGCGAGGACACUGUUAAAGCUGACCCGAGACCUUUCGGAUGAACGAGAUAUAACUCGACCGCGGCGGUCUACCCCCAAAGGUGGUUUUAAGGCGCAACUUAUGCAUCACGCUGUAGCAGCAACUAAAUUGGUUGGUCAGGAUGAGCUCAACAACGAGGAGGAGAAUCCAAAGAGCCAGACUGAGCUCAGGAGUUUCCAAAGCUAA